AUGCUGCGAGUGUUCAGGGCAUCAGGUGAAGAAGCCCUGUCUGUCCACUUAACAGACUUUGGCAAGCGUAUUGGUUCAGUCGGAAAGCCUGUGCCGACUGUAGCCAUAAAACGCCACCUCGAGAGUCUAUGCGGGGUGCCGCGGUUCAGGCAGAGGCUGAUCCUGCCUGAUGGCGAGAUAUUGUCAGAUGGUGCUGUGGUUGACGGAGCCCUUGAUGUGCAGUUGAUUCUGCUGCCCUACAGCUUAGACCCUCCCGAAGGGCUCAUGAACGCCAUACGUUAUCGCAACAUCACUGCGAUUGAGGAGCUCCUGCACGCACCAGCAGAUCCAAAUUACAACGGGUUUUCCACAACACCUUUGGUAUCCGCAUGC